UAAGGUUUUAAGCCUCAGAUAAACAGUUUCACAAGUGAAAGCGGCUAUAUGAUUCUUGGGAGAGAUGAGCUAAAUCCGCUUACAUUUCCCGAGCUAUUGAUAGAAAGCCCAGCCAUUACGGAAGGAGGGAUAGAGCAUAUUCAACUAGGGUUGUACUUAUCUGAUAUAGAACAAUCGACAGUGAGACUCUAAUGCCGUCUACUGAUAUAGUGUUUCAGGCUUCAAAGUGUAUCACAUUUACCGCCAAGACUUUAAAACAAAACGUGUGGACUGUGAUUAGCAUAAGGGGAUUAUAAACCGAAAAUUUGCGGGUAAAAAGAAAAACAGAACCAGGAAUUCUAUCCUGAGUUUUCUGUUUGCGUAGAUGGACUCUUUAACUGAUCAUUUAACUCUAGAGGAAUUCGUAGCUAGUGUUUCAUCUUCAGAAUCUAAUAUGACAAUGCAUCAUAUGGAUACUGCAGCGAACAACAGUACCGAAAACGCUUCUUUAGGGAUGUCCACCCCUCACGGAGGGGGUGCAUUAGGAAGCCUCUCCCCCAGUUCCACAGAUACUUCCUUAGACAAAACCACAGAAGAUCUGACAAAAAGCAAAAUGGACGACAGCACUUCCGAUGACGACAAGAAAAAGAAAAGACAGCGAAGACAGAGAACACAUUUUACCAGCCAGCAACUCCAGGAACUUGAAGCAACCUUUGCUCGCAACCGCUAUCCAGACAUGGCAACAAGGGAAGAGAUCGCAGCUUGGACUAAUCUAACGGAAGCAAGAGUCAGAGUAUGGUUCAAGAAUAGAAGAGCAAAAUGGAGAAAAAGAGAGCGCAAUAUAGACACAUAUAAAACUGGUUUUGGAUCCCAGUUCACGGGUCUAAUGCAGACACCAUUUGAGGACCCUCUGUACAACGGAUAUACCAACAAUUACUGGGCUGCAAAAGUGCCAAGCCCUCUCGGAACCAAGACAUUUCCCUGGGGACUCAAUGGCGUCAACCCACAUCUGUCGUCAGUGGUGUCCACACAGCCCAUGUGUUUCUCAAAUCCAGCCAGUAGUAUAAGCAACACAAUGGUUGGAAACAUGCCUAGCGUCCCUACCAAUAUGUCUAACACAGGGGCACCUUGCCCCUACGCCCCUCCAGCCCCACCAUACAUCUAUAGUCCCAACCGUGACCAGUGUUCAAGUAGUAUUGCUUCUCUAAGACUGAAAGCUAAACAUCAUUCUACGUCAUUUGGUUAUCCCCCAGUCAAUCACAGGCAGCCCACAUUAUCGGCGUGUCAGUAUGCAACAGUAGGAAACAGUGGAGGUGUGUGAGAACGUUCUAGAGAUAUUUCGGUAGUGGUAGAAGACCAAAAAUGUCUGACAUGACCACGUGUCAUUCACGUGAAUAAUUGAAAAUGAGACCGGAAGUGCUGGAUGAUGGCUCUUAUAAAUUUUGUGUGAACCGUUGUGUUUAGCAGGAGAAUGAAAAAAAUCAACAUCUAGAACAUUUUUUUAUGAAAUGCCAAAAGCACUCUUGCCAAUAUUAAAUGCAGUGUUCACAUUCUCAAAUAAAACAGCUUAAUAUUUUCAUUCAGGAAUGAUAUGAUCAAUAAGUUUAGAGGCAUUCCGAACGUGAGGGUAGAGGACAUAACAUCCCUUGAAUGAUGAAAACUUUGAAAUAUUGAUGACGUGUAUAGAUGGUGCUAUAUUCGGCAUUUAACCUGGGUAUAUAUUGUGGUAAUAGAAGUGCAUAUUACUUGGCUGUAGUAACACGUUAAUGUUUUGUAUAUUUUUAUAAGAUGACGUUGAGUACAAUAAUCAAAAUUAUUGCAUGAUUUUGAUGAAAGUUAAUCCAAUCGGUAUUAAUGAUAAUAGAUAGUGCUACUUUCAUUGAUUAUUAUAAAUUAUUUUGUAUGAACCAGAAAGGUUAUGGACUGAUGAUAUAUCAAAACUAUUCAAUUUAUU